GGUGUUUAAGAAGGCGUCAUUCGUAAUUAGUUUGGAAGUGAUUUGUAAAAGCGAAUAAUAUGCACCGCUAGUCAGAAUGUGGUCAAAGACGGUGGAUAGGGUAUUUUGUGGACAAAAAAUGGGCAAUUAUGAAAUUUUGGAAUUAACGGUUUUGAAAAUGAAGUGUGUUAUAAUUAUACAUCAUUAAUGUUUUGGAAGAGUUAAUACUUCAAGACAAAGUGGUUUGUGGCGCUGAACAGUGACUGAGCAUUAUGGAUUAAUUUAUUGUGCACAAUUCCAUAAUUUCCUAUUUUGGAUAUAUAUAAACAAUUGAAAAGACAUGUAGAGGAGAUCCUGCUACCUGUUUCGUUUGCUAUGAAUGUGUAAGAUCAUCCCGACAUAUAAAGCGCUAGACUGUGUCACACUCUUUACCCAUUUUCGUGGCCUUUCGCUUCGUGUUUCAUUUUAUGUGUGGAUCAACCAAUGACUUAGUACCAAGACAUUUGUGACUGAACUUGUGUGUAUUAGAGGAAGAGAGAGAGAAAUAUGGCACCUCUAGUGUAUAUGUUAGUUGGUGUGUUCGUGUGUGCAUCUGCGCAGGAGAGUACAGUGAAUUACUCUCUACGCGAGGAACAAGAUGCCUUCACCUACGUUGGGAAUGUUGCCCGAGACAGCCAGCUCUAUGGAAACGUGACCAUGGAAGUCUUCCAACGAAUGAAGUUCCAGCUCUUGACCCAGGGAAACGAAUAUGCAGCUAUGUUUAGUAUUGACGAGAGUGCUAGCACCUUAAGGACUGCAGUUCAACUUGACCGGGAAGUCAUCUGCCCAGAUUCCAUUGAAUGUGUUCUUGUGUUCAAUGUGGCUGUAUAUUUGAAGGACUCUAUUACAAGUGUUCUGGAUUUAUACAAAAUCAUCAAAAUUGAAGUAACAAUCGACGAUAUCAAUGACAAUGCCCCUGAAUUUCCCAAUGAUGAAGUGACCAUUGUCAUUUCUGAGAACUCCGGAGUCGAGACUGAACAUUUCACGAAUGGAGCUAUUGACUUGGACAGAGGGGCGAAUAACUCAGUACAAACUUAUGUUAUGCAGCCACCAAAUGAAAUGUUUGGACUGAAAGUUCUAGAAAAUGGAGAUGGAACAACAGACUUGAACAUUGUUGUGAAGUACCCACUUGAUCGUGAAAGCAGACAUUUCUACCAGCUUGUAAUUUCUGCUAUAGAUGGCGGCAGUCCACCGCGAACCGGUUCGGUGAAAAUCAACAUAACAAUCAGCGACCAGAAUGAUAAUUCACCAGUGUUCUCAAAAUCAUUGUACAAUGUAACAGUUGAAGAAAACAUUCCAGUAAAUUCCACCAUUGUGCACGUCAAUGCCACAGAUGCUGAUGCAGAAGAUAAUGGGCUAGUAGCUUACAGAUUUAGUUCCAGAACUUCUAGCAAAAUUACUGACGUUUUCGAUAUUAAUAGUGAAAGUGGUGAAAUAACAUGCAAGUCUGUGUUGAACUUUGAAGACGAUCAGAAAUGGACUUUCAAAGUGGAGGCUUUUGAUAGUGGCAGUCCAGCUAAAACAAGCACCGUAUCUGUUAUAAUAAAUGUUCUGGACAUUAAUGACAACUACCCUCAAAUCAAUAUCAACCUACCACCCGGCGGUACGAAGAUUUCGGAAGCAGCUAGCCCUGGAAGUUUUGUUGCUCACGUGGCUGUUUUUGAUCUGGACAAUGCGGGACAAAAAGAAAUCAGUUGUAUGGUGAUUGGAGAUGAUUUUCGACUGGAGGACUUUAAGCUGAAAAACAACUACAAAGUGAUUGUAAACAAGCCUUUAGAUCAUGAGGUCAGAGACAGUUACGAAGUUACUAUUGAGUGUUCAGAUAAUGGAGUUCCACCUAACAAAAAUGAUACUAGCUUUAUUGUGAAAGUUGAAGAUGUGAAUGACAAUUUCCCAGAAUUCAAGAAAGAUACUUAUGAGCUGACCAUCCAAGAGGAGGUUUUCCAGUCUAUGAUUGUAAAAGUUGAAGCCACUGACAAGGACUUUGGAAAUAAUGGCAAAAUUAUAUACAAACUUGAACCAGGGUCAGAUCAGAGGUUCACAGUAAAUUCUAAUACCGGACUUGUUACAGCAAACUCAGUCUUUGACAGAGAAACUGAUCCUAGAAUUAUUCUCCAUGUACUGGCAGUUGAUGCUGGGGACCCCGCUCUCUCUUCAACCGCUACUGUUGUUAUCAAUAUCACAGACAUCAAUGAUAAUGCUCCAAGGUUUUCGUCCAAUCCUCUCAACAUCCUCAUAAUGGAAAGUGAGCCAUUCCAGUCAGUGAAUUUGAACGUGACUGAUCCAGAUUUGGGUUUAAAUGGCCAGUUCACAUUGACCUUCCCAAAGAAUGACUAUCUGGCUGAAUAUUUCGAAUUCAACUCAGUUACUGGGGAAAUCAAAACAUUGAAGGCAAUAGAUAGGGAACUGAUACCGUAUUUUAAAUUCUGGGUCAGUGCAGUUGAUAACGGCAUCCCUCAACGGUCCAGCUCAGCAGAGGUGGUACUUCACAUUAUCGAUAGGAACGAUAACAUUCCAGCAAUUACAUAUCCAAACAACUCGAACAAUACAAAGGCCAUUCCCAUCUUAGCUCCAGUAGGCUUUGUCAUAGCAACAGUUCAGGCUUCUGAUAAAGACGACGGUUUGAACGCUCAAUUGUUGUACUUCAUCGAUAUGGGAGAUACUAGGGAGAUAUUUAAGAUGGAUGUUAACACUGGACGAAUAACAGUUGGUCGAGAAAUGACCGAGUUGGACGCAGAUACAUACAAGCUGGAAAUUGCUGUUCGCGACAACGGUGAACCUCAAAGAACUGCCAUGGCAACUCUUAAAGUCACUGUGGAACCAGCCAACGCUACUGUUUCACCUCUGGUUGAAGAAGAGAAUAAGCAGAACAUCAUGUUGGUCGCAGUGAUUGUUGGCGUUACUACUGUGAUAUCCGUCUCGAUUAUAGUAUCCAUCUUCAUCUUGUGUCACAUUGACAAGAGAAAUCGUGGAAGAAGAAAUCAAGCGCCUAAACACCCUGAGGACAGAUUCUACGACAUACAUCGAGUGGACGAGAGUAUGUCAGGGUCAUCAAACAUCUCAAAAGAUUCAGACGCAGAAUUGAUCAAGAAAAUGAAGGCAAAGAAGGAAGUGAGUUUUUCGAUUGACGAGGAUUGUAGCGACGUUGGAAACAACUCGACCCUGACCAAUGUAACGAGCUUCUCGACGAUGAAACCUCCAUACCUCUCCAUGGAUUACAGAUCAUCACCUGAGGACACGCAAUCAUCAGCAUGGCUCUGUAACAACACUGUAUCGGACAUGAAUAAAACCGAAAUGUACGAAAACGAGCUAUCGGGGCUUACCACCAGCCAGCUGCAAGGUGCUCUAAGACACAUUGCACAGGGAGGCAACUCUGACAGACUUUGGCUGCAACCAGUCAGGGAAGAACAGACGAAACGCAUGAUCCUUCGAAAGUCAGAAGACAAUCACAGUACAACGUCACAUGACACAACAACUAGCGAUAGUGGUCGAGGGGGUAGCGAGGAGGAUAUAAAUAGUAACAGGGGACACAUCUUUAGUGAAUCAGAAGAAAGUCGGCAGUACAUAUACCAGUGCAAUAAUCGUCAGACCGACAAGUUGAUGCCGCGCCGUCCCCCUCCGCCCAUUCCAACAGAGAUGUAUCCCAGAAACAUCAGCUUCAGCGACGACAGCGUCAACGCUAACACCACAGUAGUCAGUGGCAGGAAACUCCCCGAGCUCAGCCCGUAUUCAAUGUUUUACCAAACACCGCUCAAGCAGGUUGAACUUUUCACUAUCAGUGGUCGGACUAAAGAAGCGAUGUUGGAGUCGCAGAUGACCACGCCAGGUAUGCCAUACUCAGUGGCGGACAUUGAAGAAAUGAGUGAGAUCGGCCAGUGUAGAGACGAUGCCAGUACGACGACGUCGGGAAGUUAUACGAUAAACCCUGACGAUCUGUGUAACGAGAUUGAUGAUUUAUUCUUCCGAGAUGUGAUCGUCUGAUAGUGACAUAAAUCACUCAAAUAAAGACGCUUAUAAAGGAGUGCGAACCAAACCAUGUGCCAAUUUUGUUACUAUGUUGAAUGCUUGUGUAAAUUAUGUUCAUAGAAACACGUCAUUAUGUCAUUGAUUUGGUGCUAAGUUAUUGGUCAGUAUAUGUCACAUGAUCAAAAAUACCAAAUUGCAUUUUAAUAUAUUAGUACACUAAAAAGUAGUGCAAAAAUGAAUUAAAAUGUAAGGUUAAGUUUCAUAAUGAAUUAUGUGGAUCUCAAAUUUGAGUCCUUUUUCUGUCUCAUUUUUUUCAAAUUUCGAUGUAUCAUGUACAUGUAUUCUGGUCGUGACCAUGUGACAUGUAAAGCAUGUGACGCAGUCUUUGUGCUAUUUGUGUUUUUUUCUGGUAUAUUGUUUGGAAGAAAUUAAAUGAUGUACAUGUGUAUUUCGUACCAAUUAUUUUAGACAUGAAAAAAUUAAUGUUAUCUUGACAACAGAAUUAGGUGAAAAUAUUUGAUAAGGAUCUGAAAAUUGGUUAAAUGUUAAGAUGUAAAAAAAAAAAUUCUGUAAAAUAAUGUUUCAUGAAAUUUCAAAUCAAAAGAUCUUAAGUUUGGAAACAUAUUUUUUUCCAAACAAUAUACCUCUAUGUGUAUCUCACUAUCUCUGUAAGUGUUGUCUGUCUGUGAAUAUGUACAAUAUGCAACACGAGUUGUGACUAACACGUUACGUUGUGCACAUCACUAAAUAUUACAGGCAGCAGGAUUUAUGAAUGUGUAGCGUUAAAAUCAAAGUUUUAACUUAAUCAGGAUAUUUUAAUGAGAUUGAAUUUGUUUGAAGUGUAUGAUAAAUAUCUACUUAUGAUUAAAUGUGCUAUUGUAAAAAUUGGUUGUACGAUUUCUAAAUAAAAGAAUCUUCAAUUUACACUUUCAGAUACUUAUAAGGUCUAAGAUUUGAACAUUUUCAUGAAAAUAAAGAUUUUGAUUAAAAAAACAACAUCAUGCGAUUUAAAAAGUCUCACUCUUUUGACUAUUUUAGAAAUGAAAAUUUUAUGUCAUUUGAAAUUGCAUUUUAUUUCGCGAAUUUUGUGAGAUUUCUUUCACAAUGUUUUCUUAAUAUGAUUUUAAAUCACUGUAUAAACUAUACAGCAACAUUUUAUAAACUAAUUGAGUCCAGUUUUAGAUUAUCAUCUUUUAAAAAGCUUUAACUGUAACAUAUCUUGAUAUUGAUUCCCUUGUCAAAUUGUCCAAAUAUGUAAGAAAAUUUUGUGAACAAUUGAAAUUUGUAAGAAAUUUUUGAAAAUGCAAAUGAUAAUACGAAAAAUAGGGUUAGUUUUAUAUUGUCAGGUUAAUAAAAUGUAGAUUACAAGUAUUUAUUAUAUUUUAAAAGUAUUGUAAUUUUUUUAUGUAAAAAUUGGGCUCUUGUUUUUCUAAUUUCACUUUUAACUCAUAUUAACUUUGUUACUUUGUUGGUAUUAUGUACAGUAAUGUUAUUGAUUGUAUAUUUUGUUUGGAGUCGUAAAGAUUCCAAAUAUAAAUGCCGAAAAGUAUUAAAAAAUCUG